CUCCCCCAAUGAGCAGUGACGGAAAAAAGGGGGAGGAAAAGUUUUACCUGCUCUGCUCCACUCUUCAUAACGUUGACUGCACUCUCCGUUUCCUCCCGUCCCCCCAUUCCGCCCCCAAUCCACCCCAUCCCGCCCAUGUUCAUCCCAGUUCCCCAUAAUUUACGGGGCGGAUAGAAUAAUCCUCCUUCCUCCGUCCUCAGAUCUCAUCUCUGCAUAUCUAGGAAGCAUUGAGGCGGGUGGUGGUUGUGGAGGAGUCGAGUCGGCUCAUCCGUUUGUUCUUGUUCUAGGUUAGGUUUGGUUUGUUGACAUGGAGAGCUACCUCAACGACAAUUUUGGGGGCGUCAAGUCGAAGAACUCGUCGGAGGACGCGCUCCGGCGAUGGCGGAAGCUCUGCAGCGUCGUCAAGAACCCCAAGCGCCGCUUCCGCUUCACCGCCAACCUCUCCAAGCGCUCCGAGGCCGAGGCCAUGAAGAAAACCAACCAGGAGAAAUUGCGGAUUGCUGUUUUGGUUUCAAAAGCUGCACUACAGUUUAUACAGGGAAUCACAUUGCAUAGUGAAUAUGUCGUACCUGAUGUGGUCAAGGCAGCAGGUUUUCAGAUUGGUGCUGAUGAGUUGGGAUCUAUUGUCGAAGGCCAUGAUGUGAAGAAGUUGAAAAUGCAUGGUGGCGUGGACGGCAUUGGAAAUAAGCUUUCCACAUCUACGACUAAUGGACUGACUACCACCGAGGAUAGGUUAAAGAGGAGGCAAGAGAUUUAUGGUAUAAAUAAGUUCACCGAAAGCAAGGUCCGGAGUUUUUGGGUAUUUGUAUGGGAAGCACUUCAAGACACUACAUUGAUAAUUCUCGCGGCUUGUGCCUUCAUAUCUCUAGUUGUUGGCAUUGCCAUGGAAGGAUGGCCAAAAGGUGCCCAUGAUGGCCUUGGAAUUGUCGCAAGCAUCCUGUUAGUUGUGUUUGUCACUGCAACGAGCGACUACAGGCAGUCUUUACAAUUCAAAGAUUUGGAUAAGGAGAAAAAGAAGAUUUCUAUACAGGUGACACGAGAUGGUUUCAGACAGAAGAUUUCUAUUUAUGAUCUUGUUCCUGGUGAUAUCGUGCAUUUAUCAAUUGGGGAUCAAGUCCCUGCUGAUGGGCUUUUUAUAUCUGGAUAUUCCUUAUUGAUCAAUGAAUCAAGUCUGACGGGUGAGAGUGAACCUGUUUGUGUAAAUGCAGAAUACCCUUUUCUUCUGUCUGGGACUAAAGUCCAGGAUGGAUAUUGUAAAAUGUUGGUAACGACCGUUGGCAUGAGAACACAAUGGGGUAAGCUGCUUGCUACACUCAGUGAAGGAGGAGAUGAUGAAACUCCAUUACAGGUCAAACUGAAUGGAGUUGCAACUAUCAUUGGAAAAAUUGGUUUGUUUUUUGCAGUAAUAACAUUUGCAGUGCUGGCUCAAAGCCUUGUUAGUCGGAAAUAUCAUGACGGCCUGCUAUUGAGCUGGUCAGGCGAUGAUGCACUGGAGAUGUUGGAAUUUUUUGCUAUUGCAGUCACAAUUGUUGUGGUUGCAGUUCCAGAAGGGCUUCCCUUAGCUGUGACGUUGAGCCUUGCUUUUGCAAUGAAGAAGAUGAUGAAUGAUAAGGCACUAGUCCGCCACCUUGCAGCUUGUGAAACUAUGGGCUCAGCGACAACAAUUUGUAGUGACAAAACUGGAACGCUGACAACCAAUCAUAUGACUGUUGUAAAAGCUUGUAUCUGCAGAAAUGUCAUGGAAGUAAAUAGUUGUGAGAAAGUUGAUGACUUAAGCUCCUAUGUCCCAGAUUCUGCACGUAAAACUCUUCUACAAUCCAUUUUUAAUAACACAGGUGGUGAGGUGGUGACCAACCAGGAUGGAAAGCUUGAAAUCUUGGGAACACCAACAGAGACUGCCUUGUUGGAACUGGGUUUAUCACUGGGUGGGGAUUUUCAGGCACAACGUCAGGAAACUAAGCUUGUUAAAGUUGAGCCCUUUAAUUCCAUAAAGAAGAGAAUGGGGGUGGUGCUCCAACUUUCUGAAGGAGGAUACCGUGCACACUGUAAAGGUGCUUCUGAGAUAAUUUUGGGCGCUUGCGACAAUUAUGUAGAUCCCUCAGGUAAUGUCGUGCCUCUUGAUGAAGCAGCUCUGAAUCUUCUUAAGAGCACAAUUGAUAGUUUUGCUGGUGAAGCUCUUCGGACUCUGUGCCUUGCAUAUAAGGAAAUUGGCGACAAUUUCUCUGCUGAGGAUAAAAUUUCAUUCGAAGGAUAUACAUGUAUUGGAAUUGUAGGAAUCAAGGAUCCUGUCCGUCCGGGUGUCAAGGAGUCUGUUGCAACUUGUAGGGCUGCAGGAAUUACUGUGAGAAUGGUUACAGGAGACAACAUAAAUACAGCAAAAGCAAUUGCUAGGGAAUGUGGUAUUCUCACUGAUGAGGGUGUAGCUAUAGAAGGUCCAGAGUUCCGUGAGAAGAAUCUGGAAGAAUUGAUGGAACUGAUUCCAAAAAUUCAGGUAAUGGCCAGAUCUUCACCAUUAGAUAAGCAUACCUUAGUAAAACACUUGCGGACCAUGUUCAAUGAAGUUGUUGCUGUGACUGGUGAUGGCACAAAUGAUGCUCCUGCACUUCACGAGGCAGAUAUUGGACUUGCAAUGGGCAUUGCAGGAACCGAGGUAGCUAAAGAAAGUGCUGAUGUCAUAAUUCUAGAUGACAAUUUCUCGACAAUUGUGACUGUGGCAAAAUGGGGACGUUCUAUAUACAUUAACAUUCAAAAGUUUGUACAGUUUCAGCUUACGGUUAAUGUGGUCGCUCUAGUUGUUAAUUUCUCCUCAGCCUGCUGGUCAGGAAAUGCUCCACUUACUGCUGUUCAGCUACUUUGGGUGAACAUGAUUAUGGACACCUUAGGAGCAUUAGCAUUAGCCACUGAACCACCACGUGAUGACUUGAUGCAAAGAGCACCAGUUGGAAGGACUGGGAAAUUUAUCAACAACACAAUGUGGAGAAAUAUCCUGGGACAAUCAAUAUACCAAUUCAUCACAAUAUGGUAUCUCCAGACACAGGGAAAACGGUUAUUUCAGCUUGAUGGCCCUGACACCGAUCUUACCCUUAACACUAUCACAUUCAAUUCGUUUGUUUUCUGUCAGGUGUUCAAUGAGAUAAGCUCUAGAGAGAUGGAGAAGAUAAAUGUAUUCCGGGGCAUCUUGCAGAACUACGUCUUUCUGGCCGUUCUCAUCAGCACCAUCGUCUUUCAAUUUAUAAUCAUCCAAUUUCUUGGGGACUUUGCAAACACGAUACCACUUACAAUGUCACAGUGGUUUGUAACUGUUUUCCUUGGGUUCUUAGGAAUGCCCAUUGCUGCAGUCGUCAAGUUAUUACCAGUAGGGUCUAUUUAAGGAUCAUGCAGCAGAGGUCAGGUAAACAUGCCUAAAUUGCUUUUUGCUGUUUUUCCAAGUUGCUUCUUUUUGAUCCCCACAUGGAAAGAUCUACAGCAUCAGUUUCUUGGUUUCUAUGACGGGAAUCUACAAGUGGAAGUAAAGCCCCCUUGACAACUUCCAUUCUUGGAUUUUUCUUUGUUGUGGCACAUUGUUAAAGAUUUUGUUCGAAACUCUUUAUCAGAAAGAGGAAGAUGACUCAUGUAAGGUUCUACACAUUGGUGGUAUUGGACAUGUUGUUUUAUGUUCUAUAUUAUCUGAUUGUAGUGGAUGAUUUGCAUGCGGUGCUUCCUCUUUUC